AUGUAUCUGUGUACGCCGCUUUUGGAAGCAGGUCUCGUGUCCGAGGUCAAGGUAGCCUGGCAGCGUCGGAUGGGCACUGAGCCGCGACCACAGCAGGCAACUGUGCGCCAGUCAGCUACUCGAGACCGAAGCGUAGCUGCACACCGCAACUCGAAACGCCGGGAAGGCGUGAGAAAUCCUGUUGACAGCUGGAGCCUGGAGGCAACGUGGCAGAAAGAGGUGAGGUUGAACCAGAACCUUUUUGGGGCCGUGAGUCAGGAGUUAGGACGCAAGCCCAUUGUUGAUGAGGCUGCAGGGGACGUUCUCGGUGUCUGCGUGCCACGAUGUAUUCGUACUCCAUACUUGGGAGUAGCUACGCUCCGUUGGCCUCCAAGCCCCUGUCUCGCAAGACCAAGAGUCCAAAACGAGUGUCGGAUUGGGGGUCACCCAAGAGUGCCGUCGCAGGACGGGAAGGUGAAGUGUCAAGGUGUGUAG